CAAAAGUCACUUCACAUCAGUCGAGGACCUGUAAACAGAAAUUGAAAGUACGAAACCAAAGCCGCUGGAGAAAGCUUCUAGAGAAUCAGCAUUGGGUGCAGGUCGUAAAUAAACGUUUCCGAUAAGCGUAGCCCGGUGAAUCCCCAGCGAAACGGCAAACCCGAGCGAUUUAGUGAACACCAUUCGUGGAGGUGACUCAUCCAAGUCCACUGCAAUUACAUAAAUUUAUGAAACGAAGCACACCUCAUCCACGCUCGAUUUGGAUACUUACAGCUUGCUGGUUGCUGCCCCUGCUCUGCCUAGCCCUCUCCCUCAGCCCGCUGGUCCGCUCCGCUGACGUCACCAUGGCCAACGCCGCUAGCCAGGAGUACGCCCGCCGGCUGGCCCUCUUCUCCAUCAACGUAUACGGAAAGCUAGCGGCACAGAAGCCCGGCGAGAACAUCGUCUUCUCGCCCUUCUCCAUCCAGACCUGUGCGGCGAUGGCCAGGCUGGGCGCCGAGGGCGAGACUGCCACCCAGCUGGACCACGGCUUGGGCCUGGCCUCAAGCGACGCUGCCGAAAUUGCCCAGACCUUCCACGAGGUGCUGGCCGCGUACCAGGACAGCCAAAUCCUGCGCAUUGCCAACAAAAUCUUCGUGAUGGACGGUUACCCGCUGCGCCAGGAGUUCGACGAGUUGUUGACCAAGCAAUUUCUCUCGGCGGCGCAGAACGUAAACUUCGCCAAGAACGUCGAGGCGGCGGCCACCAUCAACGGGUGGGUGGAGCAGCGCACCAACAACCUGAUUAAGGACCUGAUCCCGUCCAGCGCCCUGGACGCCAAUUCGCGACUGGUCCUGGUGAACGCCAUUCACUUCAAGGGCACCUGGCAGCACCAGUUUCCCAAGCAUGCCACCCGGCCGGACACCUUUUACCUGGAUGGCGAGCGUUCCGUCCAGGUUCCAAUGAUGGGGCUAAAGGAGCGGUUCCGCUAUGCCGAUCUGCCAGCGUUGGACGCCACGGCCCUGGAGCUGCCCUACAAGGACUCGGAUCUCUCCAUGCUUAUCGUCCUGCCCAACAGCAGGACGGGUCUGGCCGCUUUGGAAGAUAAGCUGCGCAUCACACCACUCUCGCAGAUUACACAGUCACUGCACAAAACUCAGGUGGUAGUAAGGUUGCCCAAGUUCAAGGCCGAGUUCCAGGUGGAGUUGACCCCGGUUUUCAAGCAGUUGGGCAUGUCUAAGAUGUUCACCGACCAGGCCGAGUUCGGAAAGAUGCUGCAGAGCCCCGAGCCCCUGAAGGUGUCGGCCAUCAUACACAAGGCCUUCAUCGAUGUGAACGAAGAGGGAACCGAGGCUGCGGCUGCCACGGGUAUGUCGCUGGUGUUCCGUUCCCUGCCUUCGGCCCGACAGGUACCGAUUCGGUUCUUCGUCGAACAUCCAUUUAACUUUUACAUUCUGAAUAAAGACGCAACAGCUCUUUUCGCCGGGAGCAUACAGAAACUUUAAUACCGGGUAGCUCCCACUAACCAACCAUGCGAUUCGGGUGUCCCAUCUCCAUAAAUAGCUUAAAUGGUGACUUCCGUAUCCAUAACGUUUCUUGGCCGAGCAUAUAUUCAGAUUUUGCAUUACCAAAAGGAGGCCUAAAGCUCCAAGCUGUUAUCACAAACCAAAUGUAAUAAGUUUAGACUGCGCACAAUCAAUGAUCUUAUAUGUACUCUUUAUACUUUUGUACUAACCAAGCAUGUAGCCUGAAUAAAGUCCAGUUGUCUAAAAU